UCGUGUUCAUUCUCGUGGUCAGACUGGGCUGCUGCGAGGAGCUGCUUCACUCCACAGCUGGAUUUACUCUCAUCAACAACAUCCUUCAGGUGCAUCAUCAUCAUCGCAGCAGCAAUGGACGCUCUCACGUUCUGAGUUACAGAAACAACUGAACGAUUUUCUCUCUCCUUGUGUGGAUUUUCACUGAAUGCUCUGCUUGUCAAUCUCACAUUGUGAGCUGUGUUGCUGGCAUUCCAGCUGCAUCUGUGUGCUUCCGGAAAACACUUGUUUCCAUUAUCUGUGUGUGGUGAGUGCCCCCUGCUGAAGGUUGAGUGGCAUGAGCGCGUGCGGGAGGAAGGCUCUGACCCUGCUCAGCAGUGUGUUUGCAGUAUGCAGUCUGGGGCUGCUGGGUAUCGCCGUCAGCACUGACUACUGGCUGUACCUGGAGGAGGGUGUCAUCCUGCCUCUGAACCAGAGCGCUGACAUACGCAUGUCCAUCCACUCUGGCCUCUGGAGAGUCUGUUUUCUGGCAGGUGAGGAGAGAGGGCGUUGCUUCACCAUCGAGUAUGUGAUGCCCAUGAGUGUUCAGCUGACCAGUGAGUCUACUGUCAGUGUCCUGAAGAUGAUUCGUUCGGCCACACCGUUCCCACUGGUCAGUUUGUUCUUUAUGUUCAUUGGUUUUGUGCUCAACAAUAUCGGACACAUUCGGCCCCAUCGCACCAUACUGGCGUUUGUCUCUGGAAUCUUCUUCAUCCUGUCAGGUCUGUCUCUGGUGGUUGGUUUGGUGCUCUACAUCUCCAGCAUAAAUGACGAGAUGUUCAGCAGGACCAAGAGUAAUGAGGCGUAUUUCAGCUAUAAGUAUGGCUGGUCGUUUGCGUUCGCUGCCAUUUCCUUCUUGCUCACUGAGAGUGCAGGCGUGAUGUCCGUCUACCUGUUCAUGAAGCGUUACACAGCGGAGGAAAUCUACCAGCCUCACCCCAGCUUCUACCGGCCGCGCUUGAGCAACUGCUCUGAUUACUCGGGUCAGUUCCUUCACCCCGACGCUAGGACGCGAGGACGCAGCCCGUCAGACAUCUCCAGCGACACCUCUCUCCAGAUGAAUGCCAGCUACCCUGCCCUGCUCAAGUGCCCUGACUACGACCAGGUGUCCUCCUCCCCCUGCUAAAGUUCAGUGUCCGGCGUCAGAACUGGGUUUUAAACAUAUAUGUGUGUAUUUGCCUUAUGAAAGGGAACAGACUGAUAGAAUGUAUGACUGUAAUUUUCCUGUUCUGUAGUGAGCUAAUGACUUUGUUCCAGCAGGUGGCAGUAUAGUAUUCUCAUCUGGAGUGAUUCACACAACUGCUAAGAUGAAUAAUCAUUGAAGUUUAAAGUGCCCCUAUUAUGGAUUUUUGAAAAUUACCUUUCAUGCAGUG